UUUCUUUUUAUGUUGUGACAAAAUACAUGCAAGCAGUGUAUCUACCAUACACUUUUCUCUUGAGGUUGUCCUAUACUGUAUGGACCAGGCAAACGUUAAAAGGCCCUCAGUCGGAGGCCUAUGUGCUGUACCCUGCUCUUCAGAUCUCGUCCGACUUCCCUGAGGUGGGAUACGUGGAAAUCACCUACCGUCGAAUCGGGUAUCUGCUCUAUUUCUAUAGAAUCAAGCCUGACCUGCCUUGAAUAUUCCCCAUUCGCCUUCGUGAAGGUUGGUGUCCGUGACGGCGAUAAACAACACGUCGCCGGCCAAAACUACAAUACCCGCCAAACUUUCAGACUCCAGUUCCAGUCAAAGACAGCCAUGGAUAACCAUCCGGAUCGAAUGAGGGGAUACCGCCUGAUUGCCCCCCGCCAUGUCGAUGUACAAAAGCCACCAACACCACAAUCGCCAAAUGCUGACGAAGGAAAGACGAAGCGCGCAUCAAUGGCUUGCCUAGAGUGCAAAAAGAGGCGAACAAAGUGCAGCACCGGCAACCCUUGCACCGAAUGCCAUAAUCAUCAGCGGGAAUGUGUAUACGACAUCAAUGCCGACAAACGCCGCAAAGAACACGUUAUAAGUACCAAGCAGCAGCUGGAAAAUACAGAAGAGGCCCUGCGUUACUAUCGUACAUUUCUGGAGGACAUCCUGGCUUCUAUGCGCUUGGGUAGCAGAAGUCAUGUGGAACAAUUAGUUCAGGUGGUUCAGAAUACAGUCCGAAAUCCCGACCCCGACGACAGGAGUGGUUAUACCACAAUAAGGGAGACCAUAUUUUCAAUCCUCAGCGAGUUUGAAGAUGCCGAAGGGAGUGAGGAAGCUUCGGAUGUUGAUCAAAGUAAGAUUCCUCGUGAAUAAGGAUACGUUGCGCGUGUGCUUCAAGCCACCAGACUAAGAAUGCUAUAGACAUGACUGAUUAGUCACAAAAUCCGGUUUUCAUGACGCGGCGAUACAUGUGCUAGCCCUAGUGGCUGGUAUGGGUCUUUCCUCUAUACAUGACCGAUACACAUUUCGAUUGUGGUGAGUCGAUCUUUACCGUCGUCGGUUUGAAGUGUAUCCGAAUUAUCAGGCAGACGAGUCAGGGACCGGACUUGCCGACGAAUCCGCGCCGUCAGGAGAGAAAGCGAUAGUGCUGAGCGUGGAUCUAAGAUUGAUUUACAUGCUGCACAAAGCGCUCGCACUGAUCGGGGAGGUCAAUGUUGGGAACCAGGCCCAGCUCUCAAAGGGGGAUGAUUGUUUGGUCUCAUAUGUUUUUGGAUUUUUCUGGGUUUCUCUUAUAUAUAGAUAUAUAUUCAUCAACAGCAUGGCAUCAUCUUCAGCGAUAUAUCCGAUUUGUUCCAUAUUGCUUCCUGUCUUCUUCUCUUUCUUUUCCUUGGGCCAUGUCAUAUUGCAAGCAGAAUGUACUAUUGUGGUGAAUAGAAUAGUGGGAGUACGGCCUCCUUAUAACAACGCAAGCUUCGCCAUCUUUUGG